CAGGCCGGGCUGGGCGAGGGGCCGGCGCCAAUGGCGGCUGGCGGACGGGGCCGGUAGAACAGUUGCCCGUCGCCCCCAUUGAUUACCACUGCGCCCCACUGCCCGUCUGCCGCCGCCAUGGAGGCGCUGAUCCCGGUCAUUAACAAGCUGCAGGACGUGUUCAACACAGUGGGCGCCGACAUCAUCCAGCUGCCACAGAUCGUCGUGGUGGGCACCCAGAGCAGUGGAAAGAGUUCAGUGCUGGAAAGUCUUGUGGGAAGGGAUCUGCUCCCAAGAGGUACUGGGAUUAUCACCCGGAGACCCCUUAUCCUGCAGCUGGUGCACGUUUCUCUAGAUGACAGUCGGAAAACAACCGGAGAUGAAAAUGACCCAGCCACAUGGAAAAAUCCAAGACACCUUUCUAAAGGUGUUGAUGCAGAAGAAUGGGGUAAAUUUCUACACACCAAAAAUAAGAUCUAUACGGACUUUGAAGAAAUCCGACAAGAAAUUGAGAGUGAAACUGAGAGGAUUUCAGGAAAUAAUAAGGGGAUCAGCCCUGAACCUAUUCACCUUAAGAUUUUUUCACCUAAUGUUGUCAACUUGACUCUUGUGGAUUUGCCAGGAAUGACAAAGGUACCGGUUGGUGAUCAACCUAAGGACAUUGAACUUCAAAUCAGAGAGCUAAUUCUUCGAUUCAUUAGUAACCCAAAUUCAAUUAUUCUGGCAGUCACAGCUGCCAACACAGACAUGGCCACAUCAGAGGCACUUAAAAUUGCACGGGAGGUAGAUCCAGAUGGUCGAAGAACCCUUGCUGUUAUCACAAAACUUGAUCUAAUGGAUGCUGGCACUGAUGCCAUGGAUGUACUUAUGGGACGCGUGAUUCCAGUUAAACUUGGGAUAAUUGGGGUGGUAAACAGGAGCCAAUUAGAUAUCAACAAUAAGAAAAGUGUAGGUGAUUCUAUCCGGGAUGAAUAUGGUUUUCUUCAAAAGAAGUAUCCGUCUCUAGCCAACCGAAAUGGAACAAAAUAUCUUGCUAGAACAUUGAACAGGUUACUAAUGCAUCAUAUCAGGGAUUGCUUGCCAGAAUUGAAAACUAGGAUAAAUGUUUUAGCUGCUCAGUACCAGUCUCUGCUGAAUAGCUAUGGAGAGCCUGUGGAGGACAAGAGCGCCACUUUAUUACAGCUUAUUACCAAAUUUGCCACUGAAUAUUGCAACACUAUUGAAGGAACAGCAAAAUACAUAGAAACUUCUGAGCUGUGUGGUGGAGCCAGAAUCUGCUAUAUUUUUCAUGAGACCUUUGGGCGAACAUUAGAAUCUGUUGACCCUUUAGGUGGCCUUAAUACUAUUGAUAUUCUGACUGCCAUUAGAAAUGCUACAGGCCCCCGCCCUGCCUUGUUUGUGCCUGAAGUUUCAUUUGAACUGUUGGUGAAGAGGCAAAUUAAACGUUUAGAGGAGCCUAGCUUGCGCUGUGUGGAGCUGGUUCAUGAGGAAAUGCAGAGGAUUAUCCAGCACUGUAGCAAUUACAGUACGCAGGAAUUACUGAGGUUUCCCAAACUACACGAUGCCAUAGUAGAAGUAGUGACCUGUCUUCUGCGUAAAAGGCUACCUGUUACAAAUGAAAUGGUUCAUAAUUUGGUGGCCAUUGAGUUAGCUUAUAUCAACACUAAACAUCCGGACUUUGCUGAUGCCUGUGGGCUAAUGAACAACAACAUAGAGGAGCAAAGGCGUAACAGGUUAGCUCGGGAAUUACCUUCAACCGUGCCACGAGACAAGUCCACUAAACCUCCAGGUGCAUUAGCACCUGCCUCCCAGGAAACUGCUACUGCUGCUUCUGCUGAGGCUGAUAGCAAGGCUGUCCCUGGAGUAGGGGAUGCAACGCAAGAGCCUGGUACAGGCAGCUGGAGAGGGAUGUUAAAACCCUCAAAAACAGAAGACUUGUCUACUGAGGAAAAGCCCAAACCAGUUUCAGUCUUACCUGCCAGCCCACAGAAAGGGUAUGCUGUCAACCUGUUGGAUGUGCCUGUACCUGUUGCACGUAAACUCUCUGCCCGUGAACAACGAGAUUGUGAGGUGAUUGAACGACUUAUUAAAUCCUACUUCCUUAUUGUCCGAAAGAAUAUUCAGGACAGUGUGCCGAAGGCAGUGAUGCAUUUCCUGGUGAAUCACGUGAAGGACACUCUUCAGAGUGAACUAGUAGGACAGCUCUACAAAUCCCUGUUGUUGGAUGACCUUCUGACUGAAUCUGAGGACAUGGCACAGCGCAGGAAGGAAGCAGCUGAUAUGUUAAAGGCCUUGCAGCGAGCCAGUCAGAUUAUUGCUGAGAUUCGAGAGACACAUCUUUGGUGAAGGCUUUCUCUACCUGCCACAAUGUUUUUACGGGUGGAGACCCUGAUGACUUGAAUAUUGCUAGGCAUUGUAUACUGAGUAGAAUUUUAUUUAUGAACUUUUAUGUGUACUGCAACUAUGUGUAAAUCUGCUCACGUAAAGACAGUUGGUUUGACUUUCAGACAGAAAAGUAUGCUGUACUUUGCAAAAAAACCAAACAAAAAACAGUCAUAUUUAAUCCACAUAAUAAAUGGCUCUAAAUGUUUUCUUACCAGUUUUCUGGUGCAAAUAAAUCAGACCCAAGUCUACUGUCUUGUGACAGUCUUGGGAAGAACCAUUAAAGUUCCAGCGCCUGGCUUGCUAAACCAGUUGCCCGUAGAUACAGAUGGACAGUGUAGUCUUGUGGUGUUGUUUCAAGCUGCUUUUACAAUAGAAGUUUCAAUGCUGUGAAGAGGAGAGAGUACCAAAUAUCUUCUUCGAGUAUAUUGCAUGCACCAUGGCAAAUGGCAAUCUCAAUUUGAUAGCUGGCCCAGUAGAGAUGUCUCCCAUAUAACUAUGUAUGUUUGUCCCCAUUUUUUUCCAGAACUUCAAAAGAAAGCAGCAUUAAAACAAAUUUCUGAACUGCAUAAGCAAGUUUCACUUUAGAUGAUUUAGCCUGGAACUUUAAAGCUAACAAGAGGACCUGCUAACGAGCUGGUGCAUGCCAAUAAAUGUGCACCAGAAUUUGCCUAUCUUGUUGGGGAUGAUAAUCAGGUGUACGAGCACCUCCCCCUCUGGGACCAAAGCCCUGGACCAUCUGCUAGUAGAGCUGUUCUGACAGAAUUUAAAAAUAAAAAUGAAUUUGAAACUCUUGUGGGAUAGUAAGUGUUUCUUUAAGGAUAAAUUAGACAAGGGGAGAGGGGGGAAUCCCUUCUUUUUCUUUUCCUUUUUGAGUAAUUUUGGAAAGAGCAAAGGCAUGGAAGAGACUGGAGUGCUUGUACUAUAUUACUGCUCUUGGGAGGAGGGGGGUGGGAGAGGGAAAUCUUGUACUGUGCAUUUAGAUGACUUUUUUUCCCCAAGACAACCCAAGUAGUCUGAGCAGCAAAUGUGAAAUUGGGACUGUAAUUGAUGAUAGACUUUUCUCCUGGUUACAGCUAGCACAGCUAAAUGUGGAUAACAUGAGUUUCUGAUUUUUUUUUAAAUGUAUUAUAGUCUCCUAUAUGAAUUCAGACUCCAGUACACUUGCACGUAUUUUUUUCAUACAGAUUUACUUAUUUGAUAAAGUGAAAAUAUUUACAAUGGUCUUCCUGGUGUUAUUUUUCAUGUGCACAUUUUGUUUGUUGAAGUUAAAUGUUACUGCCCAUAUAUGUAUGGUUAUUCUUGGUGUAUCAGACCAAUACAAUAAGAUUUCUCCUUCCACACAGAGUUUCUUCACUAAUUCAACUUUUAACUGAAAUUGCAUUCUUUUUUUUAAGCUGCUAAACUAUUUAUAAACCAAUGAACCUGGUAAUUUUAUGAACAGUUGAAGAACCAAUUUAUAACAAUGGCUGUUAACAAGGUAUCGACCCAAGUAAAUGCUCAAAUUAAGUUUCUCAGCAGUAUCUUGAUAUUGAAUUAAGACCAACAGAAGCAAACCUUUAAUACUGUUUGGGUUGCAUGUGUCCCUCUCUUUCCCUAACAUAUAACAUUAAAUUCUACAGCUUGAAAAUUCACACGGUAAAAAUCAGGAGGGAAAAAGUGCCUUCUGUGGUCCUGGAAAUAUGAGGCCAGGUUGGAGGUAGGAUAGAAACCAGCUUUAAUACUACUAUUAACCACCAGAUCAGUUUAAUAUUUCAAUGAAAGGAUUAUACUUUAUAAUUGAAAUCCACUUUACAUUUAACACUGUUAAAGUGUUAUGUUGUUCCUCUGCUUCUUACCUUCCUCAUUUGAUGUAAAAAUGUUACUUUCCAGCACAUUUGUACUAGACAUAAGGAAUAAGCAGUAAUUUAGAUUCCAUAAUUAAAUUUUACAAUCUACUUGUCAAGAAAAUAUACGAAUCUUGUGAACUUUCAGAAGCAUGCAUUAACAAAUGAGUGCAGUAUGUUUGAGGAAGUCUCACAAGUGAGGACUAUUGCACAAGCAAUUAUACAAGUAGCUAAAUGCUAAUUAUUACUGGCUUGAAUUCUUUCCAAAGUGCUAUAUCAGAUUUGUGCAUGUGAUCCUACUUCCCUUUUAAAUAACCUGAUGUAUGAUUUGUGGAAAGAAAUGAACAUUAUUUGCCAUUACGGAUGCCAGCUUCAAAAAAAAAUAAUCAGGUUUUAACAUUAUAAUAUAGCUUGAAUAAAUACACUCUUAACACAAAAUGUAUUAAUUAUCCCAGAAGUUCAACUUUGAAUCAUGAGGACUACGUCAAAUACACAUUUAUAAUAUAAAUAUACUUGUGUUAUGUGUUAAGGCUUUUAAAAUUUUCCACCACUAGUUCUAGUAGAGCAGUGGGAGCAUUCGUGUAGGCAGGCACCUGGUAGUAUUUUUAAGCAUUGUGAAUUGGAGUUAAUCUGAGGAAUGAAGUAGAGUUAAUCUGAGGGAUUUAAUUACUGUGGCAAACGCAAAGCAGUCACUGGCACUGUGUGCGCUAACACUCUUGCCUUGCUCCCAUCAGUCAAAGAAGUGAUGGGAAAAUUAGGGAAAGAAUCCCAGUGUAGGCAGAGAUUUAGUGCUUUUGGAUCUUUUUUUGCCAUUGGGUUUUGAAUUGAUUUUGAACUGUACCUACUGUGCAUUGUACAAAUAACCUGAUGUAAGAAGCUUUCUUCCUCGAAAACCCACAUCUGCAGAAAUGAAAAUCUUGGCGUCUCUUCAGAAAUUUAACUUAAAGCUUUUUAACAAUCAGGAAAUAGGCUUUAGAAAUCUUGAACAAAUCUUCUAGUAUCCAGUGAAACUGACACAAAAUAGAGGGGAAAAGAUAUUUAGUACAAACUGGUUGGAGAAAUAGAAACUUAACAUUAACAUCCAAUGUAUGUAUGUUACUACUGUAAAUAAAAUUAAUAGUGUGAAAGACUUGCACAUAGUUUGUCAAUAAAUUACUUUUUUAAGUG